CCCAGUCAAUGGAUGCCUACAAUCUUUAUCGGGAAGUCUUCAUCCACUUUUUCCCUUGUCUCUCUCAACAGAAAUUGCAGAAUAUACGCGACAAAGGCGCAAAGCCUCGGUGGCUCCGCUGUAAAACGACACCGCAUUACUGCUUGCCGAGUCAACCCUCACCAUCUUCCCCCUCAUCCCUUAUCGCAGGAAAAGGAAUAAGCGAAACUGGAGCGGCGAUUGAUGAAAAAUUCGGAUGAUUGGGGUGGACCGGUGAGAAAAGGCCGAGAGGUAUAGAGAAGUUUUGGUAUAUGGUGGAUGCUGUCACACUCGCAAUGGGUGUGGCGGGUUCGAAGCUGGAGAAGGCUCUAGGAGAUCAGUUUCCCGAAGGCGAGCGUUAUUUCGGCUUGGAGAAUUUCGGCAACACUUGUUACUGCAACAGUGUCCUCCAGGCCCUUUAUUUUUGUGCCCCAUUUCGUGAACACUUGCUGGAGUAUUAUUCUAACAACAAAAACCAAGGGGAAGCAGAUGAAAAUAUCUUAACAUGUCUUGCAGAACUUUUCUCACAGAUAAGUUCACAGAAGAAGAAAACAGGUGUAAUAGCUCCAAAGCGCUUUGUACAAAGAAUUCGGAGAGAAAAUGAGAAUUUCCGAGGAUACAUGCAUCAGGAUGCUCAUGAAUUUUUAAACUAUCUGCUGAAUGAACUCGUUGACAUAUUGGAGAAAGAGUCUCAGAAAGUGACCAGCGUGCCCCAGGCUUCCCUUGACACUACUGUUAAUGGGCCGAGCAAUGGUCCACUCGAUGGUGUAAAGAAGGAACCAUUAGUUACUUGGGUCCACAAGAAUUUUCAGGGUAUACUAACAAAUGAGACAAGGUGUUUAAGGUGUGAGACUGUUACUGCUAGGGACGAAACGUUCUUGGAUUUAAGCCUUGAUAUCGAACAGAACAGUUCAAUAACAAGCUGUCUCAGGAAUUUCAGCUCCACCGAAACCCUUAAUGCUGAAGAUAAAUUCUUUUGUGACAAGUGCCGUAGUUUGCAAGAAGCUCAGAAGAGGAUGAAGAUAAAGAAACCACCCCACAUCUUGGUCAUCCACCUCAAGCGCUUCAAGUACAUGGAGCAGCUUAACCGCCACAAAAAGCUGUCUUACAGAGUCGUGUUCCCUCUCGAACUCAAACUCAGCAACACUAUGGAAGAUGUUGACUCCGAAUACUCAUUAUUUGCUGUUGUGGUCCACGUGGGCAGCGGGCCCAACCAUGGUCACUAUGUGAGCCUUGUUAAGAGCCACAACCACUGGCUGUUUUUUGAUGAUGAGAAUGUGGAGAUGGUGGAUGAGUCUGCCAUCCAGACCUUCUUUGGGUCGGCCCACGAGUACUCGGGCAGCAAUGACCAUGGCUACAUUCUCUUUUACGAGAGCCUUGCAUCUGAGAAGGAGUGCUGAAAUUAGAGGGUUUUUUUUUUAUUGGAGAAUCUUAUAUUAUUGUAAUUUGUGUUUUCUGGUGCUGUAUACUUUAUUUUAUGUUGGAUUUUGGUUAACCUGUGCCGAGUGGGAUGUAAGUAUUGUUUUCUAUUGUACAGUUUGGAUGAUGAAUAUUGCUCUGGAGUUUAGCUUUGAGAAUAAGAGCUAACUUCAUCAAAUCUUUGUUGCGGUUUGUUGCGUGUUUGAAUGACAUUUGAAAACCACUCGCUCUAUGGAACUGUGUAAUUGUCGUCUAGUUGAAACUUCAAUGAAAACCGUAGUAAUUUCA